GAGUAACAAGCCGGUUGCCACGACCACAGCAAGGCCUUCACAACACGGCAGCGUAGUCAGUGAGUUUCAGUGAGUCAGUGACUAUACACUCAAAUUCUCGCUCAUCAGUUAUACAUCCGAACCUACCCAGUACCAAAAGAAAGAUGGCGCCCAAGUACAAGUUGUACUACUUUGACAUCAAGGGUCUUGCCGAGACUCUCCGUUUCAUGUUGUCGUACAUGGACGCUGACUGGGAGGACGUUAGGCUGCCCUUAGGAAGUGAACAGUGGACAGCCCUAAAACCUUCGAUGCCGUUUGGCAAGUUGCCUGUUCUGGAGGAGGAUGGCAAACAAAUCCCACAGUCUGUAGCUACCAGCCGCUACCUCGCUACCAAGGCAGGACUUGACGGCAAGGAUGCUUGGGAGAAUCUUCAGAUUGACAUCAUUGCCGACACCCUUCAGGAUGUUAAACAACCUAUUUAUGCCGCUUGGAGGGAAACUGAUGCAGAGAAGAAGAAAUCAGGAACAGAAACCUACAUUAAAGAGACGCUCCCAUUUUACUUCAAGAAACUUGAUGAAACUGUAAAAGAAAAUGGUGGUUAUUUGGCGAACAAGAAGCUUUCCUGGGUGGACUUCUUAUUUGUCACCAUCACAGACUUUCUCAACUUCACCACAGGCCUGCCUGAUGUCACUGCUGAUUAUCCUAAUCUGCACAAGCUGAAGCAAAGCAUACUAAACCUGCCCAAGAUCCAACAAUGGGUAGCCAAGAGACCCAAAACUGACUUCUGAGCUGCCUAGAAGCUCAUAGCCAUCACCAUUACAAGCUAGCUGCAUCCAUGGCAUGUGAAGCUCACUCACUCAUUCCAAACUUUGGUUCUAAUUGAUGUUGCAAGACAGGUUUUGUUUGUAACUGAGAGGGGAAAUGUCAAGCUUAUGCAUAAAUAAAGAUAUUUUUGGAGUGA